UUAGAAAUGUCAAAUGGAAGGAACCUGCUUGCUAUCUGAUGGUACCAUGAUCAACUUGGAUGAAGGCCAGAACACCUUUUUGGUAGUCAAUACCAAACAGCAUCCUUAUGGCCUUGGCAGUUCCGACAGCAUUAGCUUACACCCUUGGACAUCCAUUGCUUCCAACGAUAUCAAGAAAGGCACCACUCUUUACAUCAAGGAAAUUGAUGGCAUCAAGCUUCCCAAUGGCAUGACCCACAAUGGCUGUGUCCGUGUUGAUGACGAAAGCUGGAGUUUCAAUGGAUGCCAAUUGGAUUGGUUCGUUCUGAUGUACGAAACCUAUGCUGACAUUGCCAACAAAGUUGGCGAACAUGUCAAAGCAGUUGAGUCCAGCUGUAAAAUCCUUGAUUACGUCAACCAAAGUACCGAAAAAUGGCUCGGUGGACCCGGUACCCUCGAAGCCCAAUCUGGAAGCUCUCAUUCCAGCUCAAGCAAAAAGACUACUAAGAAGUCCAGUAGCAAGCGCACUAGUACUAAGAAGUCCAGUGGCAAGAAGACCAGCAGUAAGAAGGGACAUACCACUAAGAAGUCUAGUACCCGUCAUCAUCACAAACAUCAUCAUCAUAACAAACGCGCUGCAUCAAAAUAAUCCCAUUAUUUGAGAUUGUAGUAGCACAGUUUGGCAGAUGUUUACCUGUUAGAGUUUAAACAGAUUCAUCAUUCGCAUGUUCACCGAGCGUAAUCGUUUCUUUUCAUAACGAAAGCGAUAUAUGGCCCAUUGUCCUUCUUUAUGGUCUCUAAGCAA